AUCGACUUUAGGCUCAUCUCUGUAGCCACUUCGAGCUACAAAUUUAAUGAAUACUUCUCCUACAUUAUUCGAAAGAGAUUGAUUGGCUUCUCACGGAGGCCGCGAAAAGUAUGAAAUACGACGAGGCAAAAUCAUUCAUCGAAUUCGUGGCUCGUAGCGGCUAUAAGGUCAAGCCCAAAAGUAAAAGCGGCAAGCAAUCGUCGAGAUGCACGACGCCAUUGCAUCACUUGUGUCAACGCGACGAUUUCAUGUUUCGUUCCAAUUGGCCUGUCGUGGCAGAUUCGCUUUUCGACAUUUACGACGGAAUCCACGUGAAUUACACCGACAGAUCUGGAUUGUCGCAUUUCCACGUGGCCUGCUGGUUCGGCCGUACAGACGUGGUGAAGAAAUUCCUCGAGCUCGGUCAAGAUCCCAAUCUCAUUUGGCCAAGAGAGAAACGCCCGCCGCCACUGCACUUGGCCAUGCAGCGCCGAAACAGAGAGUUGGCCGAAUUGCUGCUGAGAGCAGGCGCCGAUCCGAACUCGCUCGACGGAUGUGGAAUGACGCCUCUGAAUGUCAUUUGCGAGAAUCACGGCGAUGUCGACUUGGCGAAGAUGUUGUUCGAGCUCAGCGACGAAAAAUAUCGGGUGCAGGUCGAUCAUCUCGACGAGUUCAAAAAUACACCGCUGCAAAUUGCGCUGAACAACGAUUACACGGAAGUGGCGCGAUUUUUGCUGGAAAUGGGCGCCGAUCCGAACUUGGCCGACGGCGACGAUGGAAACAAUGCUCUGCAUCACCUGUGCAACGUAAACGAACGCAACGGUAAUGACUUGGCGGACAUGAUAUUCGGUAACGACGACUACAAGCCGUUGCAGAUUAACGCCCGUAACAACAAAGGCAACACACCGCUGCACCUGGCGGUGAAGAGAGGAAACUCGAAUUUGAUCGAAGUGCUGCUGAGACACGGUGCCGAUUACAAUGCAACCAACAAUAAGGGAAUGACACCGUUGCACCUCCUUUGCAAGAAGUACGAAGAUCCGACCUUGCUGAAUCUAUUCCUCGGAAUCAACGACGAACUCGGUCAGCCGGUGCUGAUCGACGCCCUCGACAAUAACGGCCAGACGCCGUUGGACUGGGCUCUGGAUAUCGGUAACAUCUACUCGGCCGAGGUGCUGCUGAGACGAGGCGCCAACCCGAACUUAGGCACGCCUUUGAAUCACAUUUGCUACUACGACGGUCAUUGGGUGGAGCUGUUCUUCGAAAUUAUCGACGGCAGGAAUCAGGUGGUGGACAUAAACGCCCGGGACAAUGAUGGUUACACGCCGUUGCACGUGGCUGUGUAUUGCGGCAACAGAAACUCGACGGAAUUGCUGCUGAGAAGGGGCGGCGACCCGAACUUGGUCAAUAAUGAUGGAAUGACGCCUCUGCACCUCAUUUGCAAGGGAGACCACGACGACGAUUUUUCGGAAAGAUUUUUCACUGUCAAUGACGAAGUCGGUCAGCGGGUGCUGGUCAAUGUUCAAGAUAAUUUGGGCAACACGCCGCUGCAUUUGGCUCUGUCUCGGGGCCACAGAAACUUGGUAGAAUUACUGCUGAGGAGAGGCUCGGAUCCAAAUUUGGUGAAUGCAGAGGGAUCGACUCCGCUCCACGUCAUUUGCAUGAGAGACCAAGACGACGGCUUCGCGAAGAUAUACUUCGAGAUCAACAAACAAUUCGAUUGGGUGGUGCAAGUCGAUGCCCUGGACGAGUUGGGUCGGACACCGCUGCAACUGGCUCUGACGAGUCUCCUGCCCGAUGCGAUCGAUGCGCUAUUGGCUAACGGCGCUGCUCUGCCUAGUGUCUUCCCCCCCACCGUGGAUGAUUUUCGCCAGAGAUUCAAUCCGGAAAAAUAUAACGAAAAUAAUGUUAAAUUGAGAAUAGCAUCUGGCAUUCUGGUCGUUCUCGAGUGCUUAGAUAAACAUGGAUACGAGAUGGACCAAACCAUAGCCCUGAAGAUCAUGAAAUUAUUCGCUGAUUUCGGUUUAUACGAGCAGUCGACGAGUCUUGAAAAAUAUUGGUACGACGACGAGAAGUUUGCCGACAAAUCGAAAGAGACGAUGGUAAUGCCGAGCCUUUCACUCUACGAUCUAAUACAGCUGUCACCCACAAAGGCUGCAAAACGAGUCGCACCCGCGGAUUACUUCAAGUUUGCGUGCUCGAUGAAAUGGGGCAAAUUUACCAAAGAGCACGAGGAGGCUUGCUUCGUGCAUUUGUGCGAGAAACUAUCCAGGCGAUUUUUCCUGGGCUGGGCCCUGGAAUGUUUCAUGGAGCUGGUACACUACCGAUUGCCGGUUCUCUGCUGCGACAUGAUCAUCGAGAACCUGAAUAACCAAGAUUUAUAUAAUAUUUGCAGGGCGGCUGCAGGCCGAAGCUCAUGA